AUGGGCGGCUUUGAGGCCACACGCAGUAUUCGCGCCUUCGAGAAGUCGCGCCUCGACAAUUUGAGGUCGUCCACGAUCAUCGGCCUGACCGGACUGAGUCGUUCUCAUGAAAAAUCAGAGGCCAUAAAAUCGGGCAUGGAUCGGUUUAUGACGAAGCCGGUUGCUUUCAAAGAGGUCAAGAAGAUCCUGGGCCGGUGGAAAUAA